GAAGGAUCAAACGCACGGACUCAGGCAGCGCGAGCAACGUCGACCACAACGGCGAGAAACUAAAUCCGCAGCGACAGCGACUGUCGUCAACGUCGUUUAAUUGUUUCUCAAUACAAUUCAUGUCUUCUCGCAUUCCUGUCCCGUCAUCACACUCGCCGUCCGCUAACAGAGCUCUCCAUCACGAUCGCGCUCCUUCCCCAGUACCACCAGCACCCAAACAGACUUCAUCAGCAUCCAUGUCCAACUUAUCUGGUAUCUCACCGUCUGCCGCUGACACCCGAAGAAAGCAGACCAAGCACGACGAGGCCAUUCGGAAGAAAAUAGAGUCGCAGCUUGCCCGAAAACGCAUCAUCUCAACAACGCAUCAUGCAGGUGGCCGUGGAAAACGUGCAGCAAAACCUGUUGUUACGAAAGGCACUGUUGCUGCAUUAAAGCCCAGCCCUGCACUCACUGUACCCGAUAACAUUACUGUCGCAGAGGCUAGUCAGCUAUGUGCGGCCAAACGGACGGACUGUGUCCUUGUUGUAGACGAUGAAGAAGGACUCAGCGGUAUUUUUACCGCUAAGGAUUUGGCAUACAGAGUCACUGCUGAUGGCCUUGACCCCCAUACCACUCCAGUUAGUCAGAUCAUGACCCGGAACCCGAUGGUCACGCGGGAUACCACUAGCGCGACUGAGGCUCUUCAGCUUAUGGUUCAACGUCACUUCCGUCACUUGCCCGUUUGCAAUGAGGAAGGCAAUGUCGUUGGAUUGCUUGACAUCACCAAGGUCUUCCAUGAAGCACUGAACAAGGUCGAGCGUUCCUCGUCCGCGUCCGAGAAAUUAUAUACCGCUCUUGCGGGCGUGCAAUCCGAGCUUGGCCCAGGAAUGGCCUCCAACCCACAAGCUGCUGCUAUGCUUGCCUAUGUCGAUGCUCUCCGCGAGAAAACUGCAUUGCCGGAUCUCACGACUGUCAUGGACUCGCGAACGCAACCUGCAACUGUCACCCCCAAAACGACUGUCCGUGAGGUAGCCAAGCUGAUGAAGGAACGUCGCGUCACUGCUGUUUGUGUCAUGGAGAAUACACCAGGUGCUGGUGAUUCCCACCCCAAGAUCGCUGGUAUCUUCACAAGCAAGGACGUUGUCCUUCGCGUCAUCGCUGCGGGUCUAGAUGCUGGCAUAUGUAGCGUUAUUCGUGUAAUGACCCCUCAUCCUGACAUUGCUCCUCCUACCAUGAGUGUGCACGAUGCGCUCAAGAAGAUGCACGAUGGCCACUAUCUGAACUUACCUGUUGUCGAGAGCGACGGACAGUUAGUUGCCAUCGUUGAUGUCCUGAAGCUCACAUACGCCACCCUGGAGCAGAUGAAUGCUAUGAGCACGGAAACCGCUGGUGAAACUGUGGAAGCCGAAGGUGGACCAAUGUGGGGCCGCUUCUUCGACUCUAUUGGUGGCCAAGAUGACAACGAGUCCGUCGUCUCUGGUUCGCACGUCCCUACCGAAGGUCACUCUCUCUCUACGCACAACAUCACCCGCCUUCAGCAGUCCCCGUACUCCGAAGUGCACCCGAACGACUCCGCCUCCGUGGUCGAUGAGGAGCACGAGUCUGGACUCGAGGGCUACUUGCGAAAGCGCAAGGGUACGAUUCCAGCCAUCACAGGCGCGACUUCCAGCGUACCGGUGGACGAUGGGACGUACGUCUUCAAGUUUCGCACGCCAAGUGGGCGCACCCACCGGUUCCAGGCACGACACGAUAGCGUCGAGAUGUUGCGCGAGAUCGUGCAAGGCAAGCUUGCAACGGACCCGUUCUUUACUGAGUUCGCAGGCUCACCCACCGAGCGGCCCGACCCUGAAGAUUUCACGUUAUCCUACACGGAUGCAGAUGGGGACACGGUGCUCAUUACGAGCGACACGGAUAUUGCAGACGCGGUAAAGAUCGCGCGGUCGGCGGGGUCGGAUCGGGUUGUGCUAUUUAUUCAGGGGGGGAAGCACUGGAUUGAUGCUGGUGCGGAGAAGAGCGAGGCAAAGGCCGCGGAGGUGAAUGCGGCUGCGAAGGAGGAAGAGAAGGAAGUCGAGAAGGCAGAGGCUGUGACAAUCCCCGAACCUGUUGUGGCUCCCCCUACAAGGCCAUACACGCCACCGCAGGAGGAGUUGGUGAUGGGCAUCCCGAAGGAUUUGCUGCUCCCUGCGAGCAUUGGUGCACUUGCUGUCGCGAUCAUCGCGGUGUUCACCAUCUCGAGAUUGGCACACGAUUAAAGAGCUAAGUACGGAGAAGGUCUACUGUGUCUAUUGAUGCUUUCAACCUUUUUACCCUAAGCAACUCAUAGAUUGUUAACUUCGGAUCGUGAUUUAUAUAUACAGGAUCAGAACCAUGCCGUCAAACCUGUUUUUCACUCCUUUGCGCAUACGACUUGUUUAUGAUUUUAUUACGAAUUUUGUGAACGAAUUCACAUGCAUCUCAAUAUAAUUGCGUUGCCUACUCGUCCCUCAGUUUGCUGAAUAACUUGUAGCGUUUUAUUUUACUACAGAAUCUACAUAUAAGCA